UACAUUGUAGGAGUGUACCAUUUUUAAAAGGUUUAUAUAACACUGCGUGGUGUGCAUGGUUGUGCACUGUGACCUAAACCUCACCCUGUUCCUGCUAUUACUACCUCCAUGUUGUACCAUUCCUCCACGGUUGCACUGGUACCAGGAUAUAGUGUUUCAGAGUAUUUCCUACGUUGUCUCAUUUUACAUGAGGUUGAGCAUUCUAAAUUUGCGGCACUGUCGUCGACUGCGAGUAGAUUUCGUCUAGGUACCUUCCUCACAUCGACUCUUGUAGCUUCACGAGGUAUCGCACUUUGGUCCAGUAGUAAGCCAGAUACUGAAACCCCAAAACCAAAGAUGGCCGACAACACAGAUGCCGCGAUCAUGGAAGAGUCGGACAAAUUAUACAACGAGAACAAGCCACUGGAACACUACGACUUCAUUUCGAAGCACAAAGACAGCAAGAAUGUGGACGUACUCUGGAGACUAUGUAGGGCGUGUAGAGACAAAGCUCAGAUGACUGCCACAUCAGCAGCUGAUAAGAAGACGCUGACCUAUGAAGCCUUGGAUAUUUCCAAACGCUGUCUUGAAAUCAACGAGCAGCACUUUGCUUCUCAUAAGUGGUUUGCUAUCUGCAUCAGUGAAGUCGGCGACUACGAAGGAAUCAAGAAGAAGGUGGCAAAUGCCUUCAUCAUCAGAGAUCAUUUCCUGAAAGCAAUUGAGCUCAACCCAGCUGACGCAACGUGUUACCAUCUGAUGGGUCUUUGGUGUUUCACGUUUGCUGAUAUGGCCUGGUACCAAAGGAAGAUUGCCACUGCAAUAUUUGGCACUCCACCAACCUCAACCUAUGAAGAAGCUCUGGGUUAUUUCAAGAAAGCUGAAGAAACCAUUCCCAACUUCUACAGCAAGAAUCUGUUGAUGCUUGGCAAGACAUAUUCUAAGAUGGGCAAUAAGGCAGAUGCCAAAGUGUGGCUCACUAAAGCAGCCGAUUACUCCCCACAGAAGGAUGAGGAUCAAGAGGUCGUAAAUGAAGCAAAGAAACUUCUUUAAUACAAAACCCUUGACUUAAAUGUCAGUACAUACUUGAUGGAAAGUGGAUUUGACAUUAGCGAUUCAUCUUGGUUGAUUCAAUGUCUUUUGAGAAGGGUAUAAAACUCAUUUGAGGUGAAGUGUUUGUUCUGAGAAGAACCGAUGUGGUCUCCGCACAUCAUCAGCAGUCCAGCAUUCUCUUGAAGACGAGCAGAGUUUACUGUUCGAAAUGUCCAGACUACACAAGCUAUUUUUGGUACCAACCGUUCCCCAAAAUAGACUGAACAGGUCCUUCUAACUGAGCCAUCACUUCUCUCAAAGCGACCACACCGGUUCUUAUACCAACACUUCUCAAAAAGGGACCAUACCACUUCUUCUCAGAGCCAACACUUCUCCAAAAAGAGACCACGACAGUCUUCUGGUAGAAUUGGUUACUCAUGCAAUACAGUAUAAAGGGUGAUGUGAAUAUGUUGGGUAUGGGUGUUAGCAUCAGAGGGAGAUUGGUAUAACUGUUCUGGGGUUUGUUUUGGUUUUGGUUUUUUAUUUUUUUUUAUUUUUUUUAUUUUUUGGGUGGGGGGGGGCUUUGUUGUUUAUCUGGCAAUUAUGAGUUCAUUGAAUUUGAUGGUACAGAGAGUUACAUAUACUUUGGUUUGGUUUGAUUUGAUUUGAUUUUAUUCAAUUGUAAACUUCUAGGAAAAUACAUGCAGAUACUUUCAGAAAAUAGACAAAAUUAAUUAGCGAGCAAAGAAGUUGGUCAGGGAUAUCACAAAAUGGUCAAAGAUGUUCUGUUGUGUUCCUCCGAAUGAAAACAAGAUGAGGCACAGUCACAAAUGGACAACCAGUAUUUUGAAGGACUACAGCAUAGAUCAAGCAAAUACGUGGGUUCUUGGCUAGAACAGUAAUGUUCGCUUUUCUGAGAGUUCAGAGACAGUCCAGACACCUCAGGGCCCACUGCGGGGGCUACUUCAUUUGUAUUUACAUUUUAUCAAUAACAUGUACUAAAGAAUUGUUCCACUCUUUCUUGGAUUUAUCAUAUUUACGAAUUUUCUGCCAUUUAAAUUUCUAUAUUUUAUGAAUAAAUGUUUAUAAGGGAGAUUUCAAAAAGCAGUAAUUUUAAAUUUAAAAUUCCAUUUCCAUCUGUAUGUAUAGUUAAGACAAACAUCUGUAUGAUGUUCACCAUAGAUACGCCAACCAAUGCAUUUAUUCACAAAGAUUUAAUGAGUUCUUUGUGAAAUUGACCAAAGUGAUGUGAAAGUAAAAAAAUGUAUAGCCACUGUGGGUAAAUAAACAGUAUUCUACAUUCACUGAAGAUA